ACAACAAAGACGACUUCCCAGCAUGCAAUUCGGCGCGCGAAUUUGGAUUUUGUUGUGGAGUUAUCAACAUGGGAGUACUUUACUACAUUAACAUGUUAGCCUAACAAUUUCAUCCCUUAUAAACCUCUACGUGUUCCUUGGAUUCGUUGGUGUAGUGUUGGCAGGUAGUAGGAGAACUGGCUGGCUUUUAGCAAUGAAUGGAGGAUGAGCAGCCCAGUACAGAGCAGCAGAACACCCAAACCAGCUGACCUCUUUGAAGAUUUAUGGAGGCAGCUCAGAGUGUGCCACGAGAAUGCACUUCAAGAACUGGAGGCAAAAGUGAGCAAGUUGAAAAAGGAGCGCUGUUUAGAUGCUCAGAGACUUGAGGUGUUUCACAGUCGCAACCAGCAGCUGAAGGAGCAAAACAAAACCCUUCAGGAUGCCAUCAGUCUCCUGGAGGAAAGGCUCCGUGCGGGAGAGUGUGAUCGAUGUGCCAUCUUAGGGGAGAACCUGAAAAAUAACCAGGAUCAGAAUUUGCGCCUCAUUGCCAAACUGAAGAAUGAAAGAAACAGCCUUGAGGAUGAAAACAGAAAACUACAUGCAGAACUUCAAAAAUUAAAAAUGUCUUGCUCAGAGACCCAGCAGGCCUCAUCUCCGGAACAAGAAGAAGGCAUCAUCCCAGACUCACCAAUCCUGCCAAGCUCACUGCCCGUAGCAAACAAACUGAAGAAACGUAAAAAUAUCGACAAAAUUAAGUACGUUCGCUAUGCAGAGAUGCCUCGACCACAGUCUAACAACUCACUCUUCAACGAACUGAAUAAGGAGCCUGAUGAUGUUACAAAGAAUCCUGGAAGAGCAGAAGUGCUUGUACCCAACACAUGUGAAUUGGACACUUCCCAAAUCUCAAAUGAUGUGAAUCUAAAUCUGGAAGACGCGAUAGCAGAAACCUGUGGCCUUGAACUUCUUGACAAGCCUCACAUGAAAACUGAGACAACCGCAGGCCAGCAAUGCAGCUCAAAAUCUCCCUGGAAGUAUGACAUUCGUUUAAAGCCUUACUUGCCUUGCUCCUCCCCUUCAUCCACGCUGAUCCACAGUCCAGACUCGACCACAGAAAGGUCCCCAUCACUUAUCCCACGUGUCAAACGGUUUUCAGAGAAUGGCUCCAUUAACAAAGCAAAACGGAAGAAGGAGGAAAGUGAGCCAGAGGUGCAAGAGGAGGAGAAACAAGGAUUCCAGAAAGGGGUGGACAAACAGAGGGAAAGCAAACACAUACAACCUGAACUGAUCAAACGAACCUCCACACCUUUAAGCAAUCAAAGCUUCAAGAAGGAGCCAUUGGACAGCAAGGUUCAGUCACCACCAAAUGGGACUUUCAACCAAAGGCAGAAUGUUUCCUGUAUAAGUCCUGCUUUCAAGAAGCCAAAUGUUAAAGGAGAAGCAAACAAGGGCGGUGUGAGGAAGAAAGGAAACCCGCUGCAGGAUCUGAAUGCCUCAUAUCACCAACCUGAAGGAAAAGAUGCUGAAAGGAAGCACAAAGUGGAGCCCAUGUGGAGCAUUGACCCUGCGCUCGCGCUGUCCAUGUAUGACACUGAGUGGAGAGGAGACGAGCAAAAGGAAGAACAGUGUCAUGGAGAAUUGGUAGAUACCGACUGCACUUGGGUCAGUCACAGCUUACUCCAGUGUCGGGGAGAUAACGCACGGGACAGAAGGGACAGUGUGUCUGGACUAGGCGAGAAGGCAAAUGACAGUUUGGAUAUGAUGUUUGACACAACAGCUUACGGGGAGUACCAGUCUUACAACGGUUCACACUUAGGCCAGAGUCAACCCUGUGGUGAUGAUGAUGAUGACGAAGGAGAAGAAGAGGACGACGAUGAACAAGAUCCUCCUGAAAACACUACGAGCCAAAGUAAAGAGCACAAAGCACGACACCCAACAUUUGCACAUGUGGCUGUGGUUCGCAAGAAAGACGAGAGAAGAAAACUCAAGGGCACUACCUGCAAAGAAUGUGAAAUUUAUUACACCCAUCUCCCAGAGGAGGAAAAACAGAAAAAGUUGUCUGCGUGCUCGAGGCACCGAUUUCUGUAUAUUCCUCCUUGUACUCCUGAAAACUUCUGGGAAGUUGGAUUCCCAUCAACUCAAACAUGUAUCGAAAGAGGUUAUAUCAAGGAAGAGAAGAACCCACAGGCACGUCCUCGCAGAAGACAACCAUUCAAUGCUUUAUUCUCCCCAAAGCCGAAGAGCUAAAAAUGGACGUUUGUCUCUAUAGAAGGAAAGUUUGAAUUGUCCCAUUUACAGAAACAAAUGACAGUAUAUGAAGAACAGGCUUGGUACUGUGUUAAUAUUGCACUGGGAGUGCAAUGAAGCUGUUUCAUACAGUGACCUUAUUAAGAAUGUUGACCCUUGUUCCCUUUUUUUGUUUCAGUUUUACAUUUAUAAUUUGAAUGUGCAGUCUGUAUGUACAGACUGUUUGACUGGUUUGUGUUUGGUUUGUUUUUGUAGAUAGUGAGUAUACUUGGGAUGUGUUUGGAUAAAUAAAAAUCAACUGCAUGUCUAUGAAGUGAUGUAAAUGACCCAAGUUACACCAUCAACAAGAAAUCCACUUAGCUUUACCUCAUCAAAUGCUGCAGUUCUUCGUUCGGUGAGAUUUAAUAAGAUCACAAAUGUCACUGUGGUUUGCUAAAUUACGAAGAACACACUGCAAGCAAAAUAUGUACACAAAGAAUUUUAUUUGGUCAGCAGAUAAUCAGCGCACAGAUGAGAAAUUACAAAAAUAUAAUACUUUCUCUAGAAAAAGAAUCUCUUUAGGAAGCACGAGUUGCGGGUUAAUCUGGAGAGCUACAAUGUUCUCAUCACAACUGAGUUUCUCUCUCAGAAUACACCAGCAGGGCCUCUCCAACGUGACUGACGACCACAC